AUGGCUGUCGACUCUGGUGUGGAAAUAUACCGGGGUCGAUCUCCGGGAACGUCAUGGAGGACCUGGUGGAAGCUCUUCAACAACUUCCUCGUAUUGAGGAAGGUAACAGAAGAGAAGGAUCAGCGGCUCAUUUUCCUGCAGGAGAGCCGCGAGCUGGAGGAUGUGGAAUUUAAGGACCUGAGACAGGCCAUGGAAUGCCAUUAUCAAUUAACAGGCGAAGAACCUGAUAUUAGCAGAGCGUUUCGGUCCUAUGUCGAAGGUCCAGAAGCCAGGACAAGCUCUGCACGAGUAUUACGCGGAGCUGCAGAAGGCAGCAAAGCAGCUUUGAAGAACAAGAAUCAAGAGAUGCAGUGGUCACAAUGGUUUUCAUUUGAGGACUGCUCUCAGUGGAGACAAGAAAGCGUUUGCUGGAGAGGGAGGAACUGACAUCGAAGGAGGCGUUGGAACAAGCGGAAGCGUUUGAACAAGUUGGAGAAAAUGCCCCACGUUUGAAGGAAGGAUCAGGCCGCAGGAGUAGCCCAGGUGAGAAUGCGUAACCGGCAACCGGCUUGGCGCGCGCAAACGAAUGAGCGAAAGCGGAAACCGAGCAAGGGCCCAGCUCGGAAGGAGUUUAAGUGUAGGGAAGGUUUGGGCAAGUACACAACUUCACGAGCCGAGCUCAAGUUCAGAAAUGAGGCAGUUGUGCCGAAGUUCUUUAGGGCCAGACCAGUUCCUAUCGCGUUGAGGCCUAAAGUUGAAGCUAAAAUGGAGGAAAUGGUACGGAAUGGUACCAUAAAAAGGGUAGAGCAUAGUAAGUGGGCCGGUGUGCCGCUGGUAGUUGUGCCCAAACCAGGCGGGAAAAUAAGGAUCUGUGGCGAUUAUAAGGUCACAGUGAACCCACAGUUAGAUAUAAAUCAGUACCCUUUGCCUAAGCCAGACGAUUUAUUCCACAUGUUGCACGGCGGCAAGAAGUUCUCAAAAGUUGACCUCUCAGAUGCGUAUAUGCAGGUAGAGCUGGAGGAAAGCUCAAGGGACUACCAUCAACACGCAUAA